AUGGGUGAGAUCUGGGAGAACAAAACUGGUGCGGCUGCGUACAAAACACGCAAUCUGCUGCGCAAGACGAUCGGGGUGAUUGUGGACCAGUUGAUCGAGGACGGUACGACCGAUAUGGGCAAGCAUGUGACCAAGAAGGAGAAGGCACUCGAAUACUCGAAUGUGGGGCUGUUCGUCCUGUCCAUUUUCGAUCCGACGGGCAUUGCCUGGAUGGCGUCCGAGUUUGUUCAGCCCAUCUGUGGCCCCACUGAGUACCUGGGUGAGAUCGACAUCGGUACUCUGUACGACGCUCUGGGUCUCAACACCGUCGAUCAGGCAUUCCUGGGAAGCUACGGUGUGUGGAAGAGGAAGGGGGACGGCUCCGUCAAAGUGCCCGCUGGCGGCAAGGUCACGUGGACGUCUACGGUGAAAGAGCUGCAGGACAAGACGCUGUAUCUGGGUCGCUGGCGUCCGGGCCUCUUUGGUCUGCCCGGAACAGGAGGUGGUUCGCUUUUGAUGUGGAUUCCGCGGUCGUCUGAAGGCGGUCAGCUUAUUCUCCAUGCUCGCCUAAAUGUUAGCUAA